UUUGGAAGCAACAGUCUUGAUGGAGGAAGUAGCCCUAUGGUAAAACCUAAGGGAGAUAAACAAGUAGAGUAUUUAGAUCUGGACCUAGAUUCAGGAAAAUCUACCCCACCUCGUAAGAAGAAGAGCAGUGGUUCAGGCAGCAGUGUGGCAGAUGAAAGAGUUGAUUACGUUGUAGUCGACCAGCAGAAAACUCUAGCACUGAAGAGCACACGAGAAGCAUGGACUGACGGGAGACAGUCUACAGAAUCUGAAACACCUACGAAAAGUGUGAAAUGAAAAUACUACUUUUUCUUCAAAGAACAGAAAGGAGUGAAUUUUGAAGAAUUAGAGAACCACAGUGGCAGUGUUGUUCGACUGUACAGUACCUGAUUCACUGGUGUGUGAAUAGGUUCUUGACCGAAUAGGAUGGAAGCCAAAGGACACUUUGAAUAUAUCAAAGGAAUUUUAGGAUUGUAAAUCGGCUCUGUGGUCUCUGGAGAAAUUGCAACUUGUAAAUAACAUGUAAAAUAGUAUCACUUAGUUUUCGGAAAACCUUCUGUUCUGUAGUUAACACAUUUGUAGUAUUACUAUGUUUAUGCACUUUUUCAGUUACAAUGUUGGUUCAGGUAUCCCCAGUUAGUGUACCUUAAUGCCUAAUUCAUCUGGAGAAUUAUUUUUUUUUCCUUACACUACUAUUCCUUGCAUUUUUAGGGUAAUUAAGCUACAUGUAGAAACAGAAAUUAAUAUUUGAACUUCAUUUUAACAACUUAAAAUUGAUUUUGCGGACAUACUUUCACAAUUGAAUAAUCUACUUGAAACGCCAAGAGAUGACCUUUAGUUACAUACUUGUUUAUAUUUAAUACACACAAGAUUAUUGGAAGUCUACAGGUUACCUUCCUAACAAAAAUUGCUGUGAGUUAAUAAUAAUGAACUGUACUGGGUUUAGACCUACAGUCCUGGCUUCUAUGUUAGUUGUUAGCAGUGGAACUUCUAUUGUAUUUUAUUAAUGACAGUGUUCUGUGUUCAAUAGGUGAAGAUUCUGCAGGGUGGGAUCUUACACUUUUAAAGACUGAAUAAUUAAAUAUCAAGUAAGCCUGCAAACCACUGAUGGCAUGCAGUAAUAUUGUGAUCUCACACUUAUUAACAAGAAAUAACCUUUAUAUUAUUUACAGAAGGUAGAGUAUAUAAAUCAGGUACGUACCAAGCACUGUUGUGCUAAUACACUGAUCAGGUUUAGACAAUGAGCUUUAGUUUUGUACUAUUUAGAAGUUCUAAUGUCAGUUUUCAGUUCAAGAUUAAUGGGACAGUUCGACAUUCACUGUUUGUAGUACUAGCAAAAUACUGUGAUUUUGAAUUAGACAUUAAUUCAAAUGGAAAUACUAUGUUUUGACACCAUAGUGCCCUUCUUAUGAUCUCUAUUUUACUUUAAUCUCCUGCUUGGCCUUAUAUUUAAAUCCCUAUGCAACUGAUAUUUUAUAUCUCUGUUUUUAAAAUUAGAUAAUAUACUUAAACGAUCCCCUUGUAAACCACUUGUUCCUCUUUCCUGGUACAGGAUUUUAAGCUCUGUAUACUGUGAUCUUUUAUUUUACUAUGCCAGUUCCAAAUAAUAAUCUGCCUUGAUUUA